AUGCUUAAGGUAAGGGUGAAAGUCCCUAGCACCAAGGUCUCGAAUGGUAUCAGCGAACACACCCACUACAUGAGUAGUACAAACUUCAAAGUGAGUUAUCCUCGUAUUUAA